AUGUGGAUCGAGCGUCAGCGGGAGCAACAGUGCCUCCCUCCUUCGGCAACACGCGGGCCACGUGACCCGUGUUUACAUCCUCUCCUCGCGCGGAGACUCGGCGGCUCGCCGCGAAACAACUUAGCUCGACCCGAAGUGACGCCAGUUCACCUUGGCGCGGUUCGGCCCGGGUCCAGUCCAGGCUCUUCCUUUGAAACAAACACAACACACACACACACAACAACAAACAAAAAAAACGGGGGUCUGCUAAACGUCUGAGAGUCAGACUGCUCGGAGGAUCCACUCAAUGCGACACGGCAUCGUCACUCGCCUGCCUUGACAUGACCGGCGUGUGAACCCCCGGCGCCCCGAGGAGCCACCGCGGCAGCCACGUUCAGGUCAGGCGCCCCGUGGCCCCAUGCCACGCUGAGGUUCGGGAUCGCUCACCCCGGGAAGUGCGAGUUUCGGCCCUUUUGUGUUUCUCUUCCUCUUUUCGCCAUGGGGGGAGCCGUGAGCGCCGGGGAGGACAACGACGACCUCAUUGACAAUCUGAAGGAGGCGCAGUACAUCCGGACGGAGAAAGUGGAGCAGGCCUUUCGGGCCAUAGACCGCGGUGACUACUACCUGGACGGCUACCGGGACAGUGCCUACAAAGACUUGGCGUGGAAGCACGGCAACAUACACCUGUCCGCUCCGUGCAUUUACUCCGAGGUGAUGGAGGCCCUCAAACUGCAGCCUGGGCUUUCUUUCCUCAACCUGGGCAGCGGGACUGGCUACCUCAGCACAAUGGUUGGCCUUAUCAUAGGGCCCUUUGGUGUGAGCCAUGGAGUGGAGCUCCAUAAGGACGUGGUUGAAUAUGCCAGAGAGAAACUGGAUGAUUUCAUAAAGAACAGCGACAGCUUUGAUAAGUUUGAGUUCUGCGAACCCGUCUUUGUGGUGGGAAAUUGCCUUGAGAUCUCAACAGACAGUCACCAGUACGAUCGCAUCUACUGCGGCGCGGGCGUGCAGAAGGACCAUGAAAAUUACAUGAAAGUGCUGCUCAAAAUCGGAGGCAUUCUGGUGAUGCCCAUAGAAGACCAGCUGACCCAGAUAACCAGGACUGGCCAGUGCACAUGGGACAGCAAAAACAUCCUGGCGGUGUCCUUUGCCCCCUUGGCCCAGCAGAGCGUAGCUGAUGGAGAGAAGCCCGACGCUGUCCAGCUGCCCCCUGUGACCGUGCGCGGCCUUCAGGACCUGUCUCGGAUCUACAUACGGCGCACGCUGAGGAGCCUGGCCAAGGAGGAGGCGCUGGGGAAGGACGUGGCGCAGAGGCUCCCCCAGAAGCGCAAGCGCAGGCGCUGCCGCCGCCGCCGCCGCAUCAGCACCUACGUGUUCGUGGGCAACCAGCUCAUCCCCCAAAUGGUGGAGAGCGAGGAGGAGGAGCAGCAGCAGCAGCAGCACGCCGAGGAAGAGCGCAAGGAAGUGGCGGCGGCGGCGGCGGCGGAGGAGGAGGAAGAAAGAGACCUUGGCGACAUUGAAAUCCUCAAGCAAGUGAACAUGUUGAGAGACCAAAUAAUGUCUUUACCGCUGCCCGAGUCGCUGAAAGCAUAUCUGCUGUAUUACAGGGAGAAAUGAUGCGUUUCCCUCGACCUUUUCAGUACAAAUGUAGCUUUAUUUCCAUUAAGUCGUGACGGCGAAACUAUACCGAAAGAGACGUGUUGGAUAAUAAUGUUUUUGAUUGUCACGGAUUGUAUGAAUUUGUAUAUGGAGAAAGAAAGAUAAUGUAAAAAGUAUACUAAAUGGACCGAAACCCCAUUUAGAGAUUCAGAUUUUAUCACUAUGUCAGGAUUUCUGCAGAAAUAUGCAGAUUAAAAAUUGUAUAUGAAAAAAAAAAAAAAAAAGUCCUUAUUAUAUUUGUCAGAA